CGAUGAGUGGAAAUCGGAAGCGAAACACAUCAGAGCCUCGUGAGGACGAUGAAGAUGACUAUUCCACUAAACGAAAACGGAAUAACGAAGCUGUGAACAGAACCCGACAAAAAAAACGCCAGGAAGAAAAUGACACUGCAGAAAAAGUAGACGAAUUAAAAAAGGAGAACGAAACACUAGAAAGAAAGGUCGAGCAGCUACAGAAAGAGUUAUCAUUUCUUAAAGAAAUGUUUAUGGCAUAUGCGAAAAACGACGGAAAUGAUGGACCACCACCACCGCCACCACCAUCUUCUUCCGCCGUGUAGAUAACAAUUUAAUCAAAGAUUUAUCCACCAUUUCUGUAAAUUUUAUACAAAUAACUCAAUUCACGCAUUCCAAUAACCAAAGAAAAAUAAAUUUAGAAAACGCUUU